AUGGUGAAAACCCGGAUGAUGAGCGCAGCCCUCGUUGCCCUUCUGCUCUGCAGUCAGCUUGUUAGCGUGCACGCAUCGCUGCCACUUAUUCUUGCUGGGACGACCCUGGUAGCGGGCUUGUUCAGCGGCGGUGACUGCGGCGGCGUGUUCGGGACGUCUCCCACGUGCAAGUGUCGCAACUUUUUUCUGGUUGUGCGCUCGGGCACCAGAGAUGGCAAGGAGCGCGGAGCUCACUUGAACUUCACCAGAACCUCUUUUGAAGGUGGACAGCAGUGCCAGAUUUCCACACCCACCCGGGUCAAGCCUGGCGAAAGCACCGGCAUCCAAGUCGGCAACAGGGGCAGGACCUACGCCACUGGCGUGGAGGCUGAUGUGUACUACAAUGUAUUGUCCCGCGACGGCAAGAGCAGGGUGGAGCUGGGGCAAUACAUUGCAGGAGAUACGGGCGCCGCCGUCGAGUAUCAUGUUUUCUACGACAGGGAUGGCGACCAGAGGCAGGACCGGCGCUUGCUGUCCCACGACGAGUAUGACCCGCGCCCGCUGUCCAACCGCCGCAUGCUGGGCCAGCUGGGCCUGCAGGACUGAUCACUCUUGAGGCAGUGCAAUCGGCAGCGGCUGUGAGGUGCCAUUCAGUGUGCGGAUAUGAGAUGCCAGCCAUAUUGGACAGCCUGCUGAUUUGUCAGUGCACCGACCACGUGGGGUCCUCGCCACUGCGAUGACCGUCUCUGUGUUUCUCUGUGUUGUUGGGGGUUUAGGGUUCAUCGCCACAAGGCAGUACUGUCGAUGCAAACAAUGUAGCAGAUCCUUGAUCUGCAUGUGCCCCCUGCCCAAUUUCUUCUCACAUUAACUAUCAUAGCGGGGUGACUGUAAUGCAUGGGAGUUC